ACAUGCUCCCGCUGCAAGACCAUCAUGUACCCCGUCCCGAACUCGGGGUACAACCACAGACAGGGCUUUUGUGCCGACGGCGCCAAGCAGGUGUCCAAAACCGAGGCGCCUCCACCCUGGCCACAGCCACCAGGCAUAUUCUCUGAAGGCAAGCGCUUCCAUCCGCGUGCCUUCCUCGAAACCGUCAAGUCAAUAUACGAGCAAGUGUUCCUCUGGCCUUCUGGUGAAAGUCCUGCCCUCGAGCAGGAGGCCUUUGCGAUGAUGCUG